AUGUGGCCUUUCCUCAGUCCUGCUCUCUUCCCACCCCCCACCGAGGCCUGGCUCCAGAGGGCUUCCUCAGACCCCGAGGCCCAGGGCUGGGGGGCCUGCAGCUGGACCGAGAAGACCCUUCGGGGGCCAGGGUGUGGGGACAGGAAGGAGGAGGAGGAGACCAGGGAAGCAGAGGACAAGGAGGACGAUGAGGAAGAUGCAGGCUUCCCUCUGUCUCUACUAGAGAGUGAGGCCCUGGCCGAGCACCCGGUACCUGACCAGGAGCUGGAGGCCAUCAAACUGAAGCUAUGGGUCAUGGAGCAGGUCCAGGAGCCAGAGCCACCCAGGACGCAGGGCCAGGCAGGAAAAGAGGAGAGCCCUGGGGCCAUAGUGGCCCAGCAGCUGCUGAGUCCAAACACAGACUGCCCCUGCCCUGCGACGCCCAUGGAGAAGGUGGAAAUGGACCACAGAUCCAUCUAUGUGGGCAACGUGGACUACGGGGGCACAGCUGAGGAGCUGGAGGCUUACUUCAACCAUUGUGGGGAGGUCCAGCGUGUCACCAUCCUGUGCGACAAGUUCUCCGGACACCCCAAAGGCUAUGCCUACAUAGAGUUUGCCACUGAGAGCUCAGCCCAGGCUGCUGUGGAGCUAGACAAGAGCAUCUUCCGAGGCCGGGUCAUCAAGGUGCUGCCCAAAAGGACCAACAUACCAGGGAUCAGCUCCACGGACCGAGGGGGCCUGCGGGGACGCCCAGGCGCCAGGGGGGCACCCUUCCCCCACAGCAGUCUCCAGGGCAAGGCCCACUUCAAACCACGAGGGCGCAACAGGGGACGUGGAAGAGUCUCACCAUGGUAUUCACCGUACUGA